AUGACCACGCACCAGACAUUAGACCAUGCACUGCAAAUGAUCUUCCCGCAGUCAAACGAGGUUGGUCAUGGCGCAUGCAAAACUGGUGUUCAUAAUCAGACCAACUCUUCUGCUCGGGGAGUCUCUUCGCAUGAACAGGUAAAUCCUCUUAACCAGACUGGAAUUCAUAUUACUAAGCAUAUUAACAUCAUUGGGCUCCCCAGAUCCAAGGUACAAGUGAAUUCAUGGACUUCUGUUGUCGCUGAAGGCGAACAACCCCACGAAUACAACAGAGGGCGUAUCACUUCGGAGUCAGAUUCAACUCCAAAAUUUGGAAUGAUAACUACUCAGUCUGCUGGCAUCAUAAAUAUGCAAUCAAUGGAGCGAGCUCCAACCCCCAUCGAAUCAGUUGAGUUUUUCCCUAAACCGAUUAAUCAGGAACGGCGUGCUCGUGAGAAGCAAAUCAUUAGUCAGCCAGUCUACGAAAGUAUUCCAAAUUCCUAUGAAAAGGUUCGAAGACUGGCUGACGAUCAGCAAGCCGAACAAGCCCAGUCAAUUAGCGUGCGUGAAGAUCAAGCAGUAGGACCGUUGAGGCAGUCUUCAGAAGAGGCUUUUCUGGGCGAACGUCUGUUGAAACGUGAUCGGGAUGUGGUGAAUCCAACCAGUAAUGUUCACUUGCCUGACUGCAUUCUCCAAAAACUCAUCACCGACUCCACAAUUCCAGAUCAACUUAGUAAUUUUGCCGUAUCAAGUAAAGAUGUGCUCCAAACCGGACGUGAGAUUCGGAAUGAAAAGAUUCCCACCAAUGUGGAGCGAAUUACUCGUGCACCUGCUCCUAAGAUGGAAGAUGCUAUUGCAAACUCGGUCAUUAGUAGCACGAGUGAGUUAGUUAUUCAGCCCGAUAAUGCGAUUGGCCAAACCGUUAAGCGCGAUCCAAAUUUGGGAUAUCAGUCACAAGAAAUGUUUCCUAAAUUGGCGAAUGUUCCAGAAUUUUCGGGUUCCGUCGCUAACGUUAAAUUUAACCCCGGAAAUAUUUUUGGUUUGGGUGAGGAAAUUGAAAUUCGCUCACCAGAAGACCUGAGGAAUUUAUACGAAGUUUUAUGUCAAAAUGCGAAACAAAAAGAGAAGGAUUCUCACGAAGUUGGCGCGGACAAGCCUCAAGUUCGCACCAGUCAACAACCUAAUCAUUCUCCAAUGGGUGUCACUUCAAGCACCAAAUACCAAGAACAGCCACUUGCGGUCGAUCAGCCCAUCAUAACAGCUCAAUAUCAGUUAGAUGACAAAUCAACUCCAUUGCUCAAAAUAACCGACCCUAGUUCAACUAAUGCGAAACUAUCUGAGACUCAGCGUGUGAGAAAGACUCCUCGAGUACCUAAGAAACCUAUAAUAAAUCAAGCGAACGUUCAAUCAAUGACGAGCUCCUCAGUAGUAAAAGAUGAUUUCAAGUCGAAAAGACGUAACACCGGGAUUGGUGGUGUUAUACCCGAAGUCAAACGUGAUAUUGAUCCUCCAACAAUUCAGUAUUCGCAACCAUUACCGAAACCACCGAUAGUGAGUCAUGAUCGUAGCCUUGAUCUAGUCGAAUCAUACGAAGAUUCAGAAUAUGCUACGGAGCUAUCAGAGCUCAUACCGCAACCGGUGGUAAAACCCCAGUCUGAUAUCAACCAAAACAAACAUAAACAACAACCAGUCACGACACCUAGGGCUACGCCUGUUCCAAUGGAUAUUGAUCAAACCAAGCCAAUGGAUGCGGUCGGACAAAUGCGAUUAAAGCCGGGAAGAACUACAGACGGAGCACAUCAUAAAGCUAUAACCCGCAGUAGUUUGUCUCAUGAGGUCCAGGGGCCAUCGACCCAAUUUCACUCAGGGCAUGUAUAUUCGAUUCCCGUUUUAAACCAGCCGCAUGUGCAACGCUCGCUUAGCUUGCCACAUUCAGACGAUACAAUGGAAGGGGAUAAAAAGUACAGAUUAAUGCGUUACACAGGUGUUCCCCACUUUAGACCGACCUCACAGACACAAGAACCCCAACCACCGAAACGAAUAUCUUCCAAUCCACAGGAACACCCCAGUCAAGGAACAUCACAGAUACGGAUCACUAAAGAAACCGUGAAUCGUCGUGUACACUGGGAUUGGAAACGUGAUUUUACCCCGGGUAGUGGUCAAAUGGAUGUAACUGGACAGGAAGUUGGUUGGGCCAGUAUGAAUGAUGCGUAUGAAGUGCAUCGAGAAGUGCGGCUUAACACGGAGGGUUUUACGCCUCCAUUUUCUUUAGGUGAUGCCCCACAAAUUUUGAUUAAUUUGGAUGGUCAGGCCGGGGUGCAGUAUAAUUUAGAUUUCGACAACAGCGGGAAUCUCCGUGUAGGGGUCCGAGCUAACGGAAAAACUAACAAUGUGGCAAAUACACCUGGAAUCAAUGUAAAAUCAGAAGAGGAAGACGAGAAAACACGGAAGAAUGGAUGUAUGCCGAUCCGCCGACUUUUCCCCAAGAGAAACGCCCCUACUACACAGUAG